GAGGUGGAGGGACACGCAGUCACCGAGGUACACACACACACACACACACACACACACACACACACACACACACACACACACACAGAGGUGGAGAUCCAUAUACACGUACACACACACUCUCACAGAGGAGUAUGAGAAUUCAGAACCAGAUUGUGAAAUGUACACACUGUAACGUCAUGACCGGUUCCCAGGGCAGGCUAGGGUGACCCCUUGUGAACACAUACAUUAUUCUAGGUAUGAACACAUUGCUUCCGGAGCAUGGAAGGAGGGCAUGUCGUUUGAUUGGUUGUUGAGCUCAAAUAUCAAUAACCUUUUGCCAGAAUCGCAGACUGUACGUUAAACACUAGAACGGCCAUGCAGUUCAGACGGGUAAAAUGGCAGACUGCCGUCGGCAUCGGCACCUGGCCCAUCUGCCCCUGACCUGUGAGUUCAGCAUCUGUGAGUUAGCCUUGCAGCCUCCACUCCUCUCCAAAGAGACCUUGGACAGUGUUGCAGAUCCAGAAGUGCACAUUGGCCUGGAGAACCUGCAGCGAUUCCCUGCAUUUGGUUCUCCUCCCAACAGCAGCAGCUGCCCUCCUGCCCACCCUGAGUUCCUUCUGGCUCUGGCCCUGCCUCAGGUAGCACACACACACACGCACGCCUUAUGUUAAGAGUGGCUUGCGAGUGCAAAGGCCUGUAAAACACAGCAGUGUCCCUCUGCACUGGCCACGGUUGGUUUUGCCCAUUAGCCUCCCAAACCAUUGAGAGUGUAAUGGUGUAUUGAAUAUCAAAAUUGACAACAUGGUUGACAGUACACUGCAGACUGACCCAUGCCCAGAUGAAUAUGAACUCCCUUCACCCCAUCCCGCAAUCUCAAGUCUAUUGUAGUUUUCUUUAAAUUGAUUUUUUAACACAAGGCCAUCUUUUUUAUUUUGAGAUGUAGUUUUUAAGGGUUGAUGUAAUGGUGGAUUGUUGGAGUGGGUAGGUGGGUGAAGUGUAGCAGUCAGCCAGCUGUAGAUUUACCUUCCAGGACCCCUCUCCCACUUCAGUCAGUUGCACCUUAACAAACCUGUUGCCCCUGCAAGCCAAGUAAACGGCUGCCAGGUUUCCUAGUGCUUUUUGAGAUCAUAGUGUUAAUGGCAGCCAUCUUAACCUGAGCCAUAUUGCUUUUAUGAUAAACUAGAUUGGAACAUUUAUCUCUGAAAUGGUCUGUACCUCAU